UGGGGGUGGAGCUAGUCGUCCUGGCAACUACUGCGAGGAGCCAAACAUUGCGCACAAGCUGACGACAUUUUUAGCUAGAAUUUGUGGAACGAUUUGAUUUUUACAGUCAUUGCGUAGCGCUCGCUCUGGUAUUAUGGCCGCUGAAGAUUCUUGGGUGUUCGAUUCCCUGGUCUGCUUUCUGCACGGACCCGUCUGGAAUGCCCCGUUGCAGACGUUCAUCGAGCAAAAGUCCUUGGUCUUUGAUCCCAACUUGCAGCUGGACGAGAACAACGAGGACAUACGCCAGAUCCAUGAGGAGUACAAGAAUCUGGUGGACUUUAUGCUGGGCAGCUUCAUGGAGGAGAUGCACAUAACGCCGGAACAGUUCGAGAUGGCCUGCCUCGAGGGCCGCCAGCAGGGCCCGGGCGAGAAUCCGUUUCAGUUCCAUCACGUGCUCUUUCAGCAGAUCUGGGCUGCAAAUGAUCUGAAGAUCUUUAUACGCAUGAUGACCCAGCGCAAUGUGGAGCUGCAGCUGCAGGCGUUGGAUCUCAUUGAGAAGCAUCAAUUGGCACGCACAGCUUCGGCAGAGCCAGAGGAAAAAGAGAGUGCAGCGGGUGCAGAGGCCGGCAAUGGCGUAGCUGACUUGGAUGUGGAUGCACUGAUUGCCAAAACGGUGGCCAAUGAGCUGGAGAGUCCAGAGGCUGCCCUAACGCCUGAGCAGGAUGCCAAUUUGGAGCUGGUGAAUGAUAAGUUUCAGCGCCUGAAUCUCUUCUUCGAGCAGGAGGAUAAGGUGGACCCCAAUGAGGUCAUCUCACGCCAACAAUAUUUGCGCCAGCAGCGCGACAAGAUCGUGGAGAUCAAAAAGCAAACACGCGCCAAGCAGCUGCAGGAGACGGUGGCACGCAGCACGCCCCAGCUGCCGCUCGAGCCAGGCGCACGUCCCAGCUCCGCGCAGGUGGCGCAGCAGCUGCUCGAGAAUGUGGAGCUGGGCAAGCCGCCCGAGGCGGUGGAUGAGGCGGAGAAUGCGGCGCUGCAGCUGCGACGCACGCUGGCCAAAAGGCUGCGCAGCGAAGUCGUCGAGCACAAUUGAGAGCAGUAGAAGAAGAAGAGGCUAUCAUAAUUAUUUGGAGUUUAGUUUUAUUUAUUUUUUUUUUUAUUGCAAGCUUUAUGGCCAAAGUUUAAACAGGGUGCGUCCUGUGUGUGUGUGUGUGUACAUGUUGCCCAAACGCUGACUAGUUCACUUGUGUACGUGUGUGUUACAGGGUGUUCGUGGUUAAAUGCUACAAGGUACUACGCGCUUCUGACGCCCACAAACACAAACACACACACGCACACAGCUAAUGUGCAUGUGUGUAUGUGUGUGUGUGUGCGUGUGUGAACGCUGCUUAAAUUUA